CUGCGCCGCCCUCAUCCAAUGAGCGGCGCUGUUGCUGGCAGGUGCGGAGUGUUUUUGUUUUGGGUAGAAGGAGAAGAAGUAGUAGUUGUAGUUGACGAAGGCCGAACUCUCUCUCUUGCUCGCUCGCUUUCUCUUUGCUCCCCCCCUCCCUUCUGGAGUGGGCCUAGUCGGCGGAGGGGGCUCCGGCCGGCCGACCCCCCCACCUCAACCGCACCCGCUGAGGAGCCUUAACGCCGCCCGGGCCCUCGCCGCUGGUCUAGGGAGGCAGACGGGCGACUACGGGCUUUCCGGCUGCUGCCUCCCCGGCUGCUGCGCCUCCCUCAGCCCCGCAGCGCGAAGGGAGGCCGCGGGGCUGAGCGGGCAGCCGCUGCUGACGCCGCCGUUCAGGAGCCGGGGGGGCCAGGCCCGGCCCGGCCCGGCCUGGCCUGCUCUCACCCGAGCCGACCCCCGCCGGGCCUUCACCAUGAGGAGGGAAAUGAACGGAGUCACCAAGAGCCGGUUUGAGCAAAUAUAAGAGAACCAGGAAGUGGAUGAGGGAACCGUGUGUCAGGAAUGAGCCCAUGGUAUGUGCUUUCUGAACUGGGCCUCCAAUUCUGUCAGAUGUUCUCAAACAGUGAUGAGGCUGCAAUCAACAAAAAACUUCCCAAAGAACUGCUGCUUCGAAUAUUCUCCUUCCUGGAUGUGGUCACGCUUUGCCGUUGCGCUCAGGUCUCCAGGGCGUGGAAUGUCCUGGCCCUGGAUGGCAGCAACUGGCAGCGCAUUGACCUGUUUGAUUUCCAGAGGGACAUAGAGGGGCGUGUAGUGGAGAAUAUUUCUAAAAGAUGUGGGGGUUUCUUACGAAAGCUGAGCCUUCGUGGAUGCCUAGGUGUGGGAGACAACGCAUUAAGGACGUUUGCACAGAACUGCAGAAAUAUUGAAGUGUUGAACUUGAAUGGCUGCACCAAGAUUACAGAUGCGACAUGUACUAGCCUUAGUAAGUUCUGCUCCAAACUCCGACAUCUUGAUCUAGCUUCCUGCACUUCAAUAACCAACCUGUCCCUCAAAGCACUGAGCGAGGGAUGCCCUCUACUGGAGCAGCUCAAUAUAUCAUGGUGUGACCAAGUGACAAAAGAUGGCAUCCAGGCUUUGGUGAGAGGCUGCGGUGGACUCAAAGCUCUGUUUCUUAAAGGCUGCACGCAGCUGGAGGAUGAAGCUCUCAAAUACAUUGGGGCACACUGUCCUGAACUGGUGACUUUGAAUUUGCAGACCUGCUUGCAAAUAACAGACGAUGGCCUCAUUACAAUAUGUAGAGGGUGCCACAAGUUACAGUCUCUGUGCGCCUCCGGCUGUUCCAACAUCACCGACGCCAUCUUGAACGCUUUAGGGCAAAACUGUCCAAGGCUUAGAAUAUUGGAAGUGGCUCGGUGUUCUCAGCUCACUGAUGUGGGGUUUACCACGCUGGCUCGGAAUUGUCAUGAGCUUGAAAAAAUGGACCUGGAAGAGUGCGUUCAGAUAACAGACAGCACAUUAAUCCAGCUCUCUAUACAUUGUCCACGGCUUCAGGUUUUGAGUUUAUCGCACUGUGAGCUGAUCACUGACGAUGGGAUUCGCCACCUGGGCAACGGUGCCUGCGCCCACGACCGCCUGGAGGUGAUUGAGCUGGACAACUGCCCUUUGAUUACAGACGCCUCCUUGGAGCACCUCAAGAGCUGCCACAGCCUGGAGAGGAUAGAGUUGUACGACUGUCAACAGAUUUCACGGGCUGGAAUCAAGAGACUCAGGACCCACUUACCCAAUAUUAAAGUCCACGCCUACUUCGCACCCGUGACCCCACCACCAUCUGUGGGGGGCAGCAGACAGCGCUUCUGCAGAUGUUGCAUCAUCCUAUGACGCGGGAGCCAAUCUACCUUGUGCAAAACAAAAACUGAGUAUUUAAAUUACCCUUCUAGAAGUAACAGUGGACACCAGUAUCUCCACACGACAAAAGUGAUGCCGGUGGUCUCUCGCAAGGGCCUUUCGAAAAGAAAGCAGAGCAGGGGGAGCUGGUCGCAGAAGUUUCUUCCCGAUUUUGCCCCAUAAGCCACACACAAAGACACACACAC